CUCAACUCGUGCAAUCUUUCGAUAAAAUGUAAACAGAAUCUUUCCAUGUGGGUAUCGUAACGGGACAAUUUGAGGAGUUAGUAUUUGAAAAAUUUGAUUAUGCCGUGCAACACACCUCCUCCACCCACCAUGGAUGAUGAAGAAGAUCAAAUGGAAGUUCCUGAACUAGAUGAUGAUAUUAUUAUUAUAGAAGAAUCAGAUGAUGCAAUAAAUACUUUUGGCUUUCAUACAGAGCCCAUAUUCUGCUGUAACUUUGAUAAAGUUGGUGCAAUGGCUGUUACAGGUGGACAGGAUGAUCGUGCAGUUGUAUGGGAUACAAAUGUUGAUCAGCAAGCAAAAUUUAUUAUCACUGGACAUAAGGACUCAGUGAUUGCUGCUGAUUUCAAUCAUGACUCAACUCUGGUGGCUUCUGCAGAUAUGGAUGGAGUGAUUCAAGUGUGGAAUGUUAGCUCAGGAACUAAAGAAUGGGAUUUUGAAACUACAGAAAUAACUUGGAUAACUUGGCAUCCUAGUACAAAUCUUUUGUUUGCUGGAACAAUUGAUGGCAAUUGCUGGAAGUGGAGUGUCCCUGAUGGUGUCACUUGUGAAGUAUUUCCAACACAUGGAGUGGCAUCAUCUUGUGGUCGUUUAUUGGAAAAUGGUUCAAAAUGUGUGGUUGGAUAUCAAGAUGGAACUGUGAAGUUAUGGGAUGCCGAUAAUCCAUCUCCUAUAGGGAUACUUAAUGAGCAUAAACAGGGUGUGCUGUGCUUAGCAUCCAGUCCAGAUGGAACUUUGAUUGCUUCUGGUGCUGAAGAUGGUACAGUGAAAUUGAUAAGGUCCUCUAACUUCAAGGUAUUGCAUACAUGGAAUGCUGCUGAUGAUAGUGCCAUUGAAAGUAUUGGAUUUUUCAGGAGCCAUCCACUUAUUGCAGUGGGAACAAGUCAAGGUGACCUAAAUAUCUAUGAUCUCUCAACAUAUACCUUAAGAGCUUCUACUAAUUUAGGUGAUUCCAUAGUGAAGCUAGUUUGCUCUGAUUCUUCUCCUUUUGUAUAUAUUGCCUGUGGAAGUAAUGUGGAAUGUUACGAUGGACGAUCAUGUGAAGUGUUAAAUAAAUGGUUUUGCCAUGAUGAUCGAAUUUUAGAUCUGGCAUUUUCUCUGAAUCAAGAAAAAUUCAUAACUGUAUCAGAUGAUAAGACAUGUAAAUUAUUUUUAACAAACCCUCCUGAUUGAAAUUGUGUAUAUUUAACAAUGAAUUGUAUAAUAAAUGUUACUUUUAUAGUCAAA